UUAUUAGGUUAGAAAUUUAAGCGGAAAACGUGACCCGACCUCUGGCAACCCGCAUCACAGCCGGUACAACUUGGAAAAAGGUCGAUCUUACGGAUAUUUUACCGUCCCGAUCACCUGGACGGAGUUGUUUUAGCAAAAAACAAAUCAAAAUGUUGCGAUCGAUUUUUGUACGAAACCAAGUUUUAAACGAUGCCUUGAAAAAAUCUAUACGGUCAAACCUCUCGAGGUGUAUGAGCACAGAACUGUCUAAGAGGAAACUUUCUCACAGUGCUCAGAACAAGAGAGUAUCGGCCGCACCACAAUGGACCAUCCAGAUAAGGUAUUAUGCCGACCUGCCAACUCACUCAAAGGUGAACUUACCAGCUCUAUCACCGACCAUGGAAAGUGGGUCCAUCAUCAACUGGCAGAAGAAAGAGGGUGAAAAGUUAAGUGAAGGUGAUCUGCUUUGCGAGAUUGAAACAGAUAAGGCGACAAUGGGUUUUGAAACACCGGAGGAAGGGUACCUGGCUAAGAUCCUGAUCCCAGCUGGAACUAAGGGUGUUCCUGUCGGCCAGCUUUUGUGCAUCAUUGUAGGAAAUGAGGCUGAUGUAGCCGCAUUCAAAGAUUUCAAGGAUGACUCACCGCCCGGCGCAGUCAAGCCGCCUGUCAAGAAAACAGCGCAAGCUGCCGCAGCCCCCGCAGCGUCGGCCCCCGCCCCGGCGGCCCCUGCAGCAGCGCCGGCGGCCGCGCCUGCAGCCGCCGCGGCCCCGCCUCCCGCAGCGCCCGCAGCCGCACCGGACAGCGGCAGGGUGUACGCCAGCCCCAUGGCCAGGAGACUCGCCGAGAUCAGGAACAUCAGGCUUGGUGGACAGGGUUCGGGACUAUACGGUUCGCUGAAGAGUGGAGACUUAUCAGAUGCGCCGGCGGCUGCAGAGGCGUUGGCCCCGCCCCCGAUGCCGGCGCCGGGCGCCACCUUCGUGGACAUUCCCCUCUCCAGCAUGCGCGCCACCAUCGCCAAGCGGUUGUCCGCCGCUAAGCAGACUAUCCCCCACUACCAGCUAACGGCUACCGUCAAUGUUGAGAAGACUAUUGAGAUGAGGAAGAAAGUCAACGAGAAACUGGCUGCUGAAAAGGCUGAAGUUAAGGUUUCAAUGAACGACUUCAUAGUAAAGGCGGUAGCUGCAGCUUGCAAGCGAGUACCUACAGUCAACUCGCACUGGAUGGACUCUUUCAUUAGACAGUUCAACAACGUAGACGUGAGCGUGGCAGUAGCGACUCCCGCAGGUCUGAUCACCCCGAUCCUCUUCAACUGUGACUCGCGCGGUAUAAUUGAGCUCUCCAAGAACAUGAAGGAGCUUGCCGCGAGAGCCAGGGAAGGCAAACUGCAGCCACAGGAGUUCCAGGGAGGCACCGUCACUGUUUCCAACCUCGGAAUGUAUGGUAUCACAAUGUUCAACGCCAUCAUCAAUCCUCCUCAGUCAUUAAUUUUGGCGUGCGGAGGUCUCCAGGAAUUAGUCAUCCCCGACAAAAAUGAACCCCAAGGAUUCCGUCUGGCCAAAUUCGUGACAUUCACGGCGUCAGCGGACCACAGAGUUAUAGAUGGCGCGGUCGGCGCACAAUGGAUGAAGGCCUUCAAGGAGAACAUGGAGGACCCCGCCAACAUGAUCCUCUGAACACUGCCCAAAGACUCCACACAUUUUGAUUAAUGGACAUCUGUGUACAAAAUAAUAUAAAUUAUAAUUGUUAUCUGUAAGUUCAAUCUUUUUUAUGUGUUUUAUUUUAUGAUCACAAAUCAUGUUUGUAAGCGAUGACUGUGUAAAAGGAGACUUAAAUCUAAUAGAAUCAAUUUCUGCACUGAUCACUGAAGUUAGUCACGGCAUCCAUGAAUUAUGUAUUUCUACAAGCAAGUGUCCAAUAAUCGAAUGUAUCGAUCGAGUUGUCACUGUGGUUUCGUUCGAUUACCGCGUCCAUACUAGUUACGAUUGUAAUUUAAUUAGUUGUUGUUUUUUUAAAGUUUAUUUACCAGUGCUGUGAUUAUCUGUCUCGUGCGUUCGCUUUUAGUCGGGCAAUGUAUAGAAGGUUCUAGGUAUAGCAACGGGGCGCGUGUAAUCGAAGGAAGCGCGGUAAUUACAAAAUUAAGUGGUUAUUUAUUUAGUUUUAUAAGGAAUGGUAAUCGUACAAUGUCCAAAUAGAAGCUCCAACUAUAUUUGUAAUACUGUGAAUAUGUAAAAUAAGAGAUUAACGCACUUUAUUUAUAUCCUGCCUAAUUCGGAUUUUGCUAUCAUUUUUUUUCGAAUACCAUUCGCAUUUUGUAUAGGUAUUUAUUUCAUAAAAUUGUAAUCUUGUUUAAUUAAGUAGUGAUUGGAGCAGAGAUCUAUGAAAAUUUACAUAUAUUUUGUGCCUUAAUUGAAAUUAUAACGAGAUAUUAUUUGAACCGUGAAUACGAGGUAUAUUGGUAUAUAUGCAUCUAUAUUAUUUGGCUUAUUUAUGUUUUCUUAACACCUGUUUAUAUAAUGUUUUGAUGAUGCAGAUGAUUUUAUGAAAGUUAGUGGAAUAUAAUAUUUUACAAUUA